AUGUCCGCCGUGCAGGUCAUGGAGCUUGUCGCGAGACAGGCAUACCAAAGCGCAGCCGCAACGACAACUGCUGCAGCAGCGGCCGCUGCUACUGAUGAAGCUCCACCAGCCUGCGUCGCCGAUAAUGAUUUCGACGGAAGACUGGGCGUGAGAAUCAGUGCCAUCUUUGUCAUUCUGCUCGGCUCUACCAUUGAAUGGGCUUUCUUCAUCGCCAAGUACUUCGGUUCGGGGGUCAUCAUAGCUACUGCUUUCAUCCAUCUCCUCGCUCCAGCAAAUGAGGCUCUUUCAAACCCCUGUCUCACAGGCCCCAUAACCUCCUACUCCUGGGUCGAAGGCAUCGCCCUAAUGACCACAUUCGCCCUCUUCUUCGUCGAACUAAUGGCCAUGCGCUACGCCACCUUCGGCCACCCACCUCACGACGACGCCAACGCCGCCGAACACGGCCACGCCCACACCCACGGCAGUUCCGAGUCCGCCUCCCUCAAAGAGCACAAAGAACCCUCACCCUCUCGCCACGCCCCAGGUGAAGACCACCUCUCGCACGCGCGCAGCCACAUCGACCACGAAGACGCCGAAGCGCCCAAGAAAGACCUCCACCGCACCCCCAGCACCGCGACAGAAGUAGCAACACCACCACAGCAUCUUCAAUCCGUCGGCAUCCACGAAGUCGAAGACUACGCCGCCCAACUAACCGCCAUCCUAAUCCUCGAAUUCGGCGUCAUUUUCCACAGCAUCUUCAUCGGCCUCACGCUGGCCGUCGCCGGCUCCGAGUUCAACACCCUCUACAUCGUGCUCGUCUUCCACCAGACCUUCGAAGGACUCGGUCUCGGCUCGCGCCUCGCAGCCACGCCCUGGCCGAAGGGCCGCACGACGCGUUUCACGCCGUACUGGUUCGCAGUGUCGUAUGGCCUGAGCACACCGAUCGCCAUUGCCAUCGGCUUAGGGCUAAGGACGACGUACGCGCCUGGCUCGCAGACUUCGCUGAUUGUGAAUGGGGUGUUUGAUUCGAUUAGUGCGGGGAUUCUUAUUUAUACCGGGUUGGUGGAGUUGAUGGCGCACGAAUUCAUGUUCUCGGCGGUUAUGAGACGCGCGAGAUUGAGCGUGGUGAUGAGUGCGUUUGGGAUUAUGUGUGCGGGCGCUGGGUUGAUGGCGCUGCUUGGGAAGUGGGCUUGA